CGCAUAGAGAGGUUGAGUUUUCUGUUCUCAGAUGCUGUUCUGUGCACUCGUAUCACACACACGCGCGUGGUUUUUAUGUGCACAGGUUUUGAGAUUAGUUAAACACCAAAGGGGUCCUUGAUUAUUUUUUGUUUCAUUAUAUUCCAUCAGCUAAGCAGUGGUGUAGCCAGAAAACUGACUUUGGGUGACUGUGGUUGCCCACUUCAAAACCACGAGAUUUGCUCAGCUAAACCUGCUGUCAGCAAGCCUUCAUGUCAACUAUUGGUAAUUCACCAUGUGUGAACCUUGGCCAACGGGUGACUAGCGCUGCUGGGCCGUGAAAAGACACGCUGCUAUUUCAUCUGUGCUGGUAUCCCUGCAGUUUUUAUUUCCAACUUAUUUGUUUAGCAGUUUUGCUCGGAUGUUUUUAUUAUUAGUUUUGUACUGAUUUGUGUUUAUUAGUUUUGUUUUGUUUUUACUAUGGCUGUUCCUGCAAUCAUGUGCAGAUACAGGCAGAACCUAAACGUAACAGAACACUACAAAGAGAGGUUCCCGAUUCCAUGGCCCGAUCUCCCAUGACUCGAGCCCUGCAGCUGCUGCUGGCACUCGGCUGGAUUUUAGAAGGUCAGAGCACUGAUGAACUGAUGAACGAGGACCCAUUAAAUGGGGUUGAGGAUUCAGGACCGGUCAUGACAGGAGGUCCACCCAACCAGCCCUGGCCCCCCCAACCAGCCUUCCCACCUAUCAAGGAUUCAUUACCCCCUGCACCUGGUGAAGUGUACAUUAUGCUUCAGGAACUCAUUAAACAGUUACCGGACAACCGGACGAACAGCAUUUUCAUCUGGAACAACCAGACAAACAGCAUUUCCACCCAGGACUGCCUGUUAUACAGCAGUUUCAUCCUGUUGAUUGUGGUGUCCGUCCUUUACUCGGUUGCAUUCCUUGUCGGGCUCCCAGCGAACAUCCUGGCCCUGUGGGUGCUGAUCUUCCACACGGAGAAGAUCCCAUCCACCAUCCUCCUCAUCAACCUGACAGUGCUGGAUGUGCUCGUCCUUCUGAUGUUGCCCUUCCGCAUCACUUACCACUUUGCUGGCAAUGACUGGUUCUUCAGUGAGUCACUGUGCCGACUGGUCAUGGCUCUGAUCUACGGUAGCAUGUAUGGUUCUAUGCUCUGCCUGGCAUUUAUCAGCAUAGACCGGUAUAUAGCUCUAGUGCACCCCUAUAGUGCUCUGACCCUGCGCAGCCAUCGCACCUCCCUGGCCAUGAGUGUAUCCCUUUGGGUGGUGGUCCUGUUAACUAUGAUGCUCCAGGUUUUCUUUCAAAUGGCUUUCUCGCCGCCCUUCAGCACUAACAUUGCCCUGUGUUAUGAUGCCCCGCUUUCUUUCUUUUUCCCCUUUCUAGGCCUUCUCUUGUUCUUUCCACCCCUGCUGGUAAUUCUGUUCUGCCAUGGCACUGUACUGAAGACCCUUCUGGUCAGAGGGCACCGCUACUUCCAUGCUGCAUGCCUCACUGCCCUGGUCUUGCUGGUCUUCUUUGCAUGUUUCCUCCCUAACAUCAUCAUCCUGCUUCUGUACCUCACAAACGGGAAUUGCGACCUCAUUGUGCCCUAUGUAGUCAGCCUGGCCUUCAGCUGCUUUGGUCCCUGCAUUGAUCCCUUCAUCUACAACUAUGUAUCUGAUGAUUUCAGGGGCAAAGUUCUCAGGGUGCUCUGCUGCCGCCAUGCUGGGCAACAAGUAUCCUCCAAUAACAGCGGCAUACAUUUGUCAAGCAGCAGCCAAUCCAGCAGCACCUUGCUGUCUAAGUUUUGGGGGCAGAUGAAAAUUUUUUGCUCGGAAAUGUGCCAGGAGGUGUGAUGCAGAAUAGAUCUAAAGCAGUUUUAUAUGAGAAGUUUGUAAAAUGUCUUAAAUAUGUAAGUGUUGGGUAAAAAAUAUUUACACUUCUUGCUCUGUACUAGUGACAAUUAGCUCACUAUCUUAUUUAAACAGAGCAGUGAGUUUUGCUCAGUCAUCAUCACUCUACGGAUCCUAUUCUUCCAUCAAGCAUACAACUCAAAGCACUUAAAUAGACAUAUUAUACACAAUUUCUCAAACUUUCAGAUAGGAAGUAAACCUCCUUGGCUACUUCUAGGCAUGACACCCCAAAAAGACUUAAU